AUGGUUUUGAACGGUCCCAAAUGGAGGGCAAACGCUGCUUCGCUGACUUCUGGCAUGAUCCAGAUUCACCACCUGAAGACUGCCAUCUAGGACAAACCUACGAGUCCAGCACUGGCUACAGGAAGGUGAUAUCCAACACGUGUGAAGGUGGGGUGAACAAGGAGCAGAGCGCCAAGCAGCACAACUGUCCUCUGCUGCCCCCUAAAGGACUGCAGGUCGGCAUCAAAGGGCAGAUGUUGGCCGUGGCUCCUGGUGAUGACAUCACAUUUAUCGUCCACCAGGAACAGGGAGACACCAGCAGCACCAAAUACCAGGUGGACCUCGGCGACGGGGUCCGGGCGAUCUACCAGAACCUGACAGUGACGGACGAGCCCAUCCAGCAUCGCUACGAACAGCCAGGAGUUUACAAAGUUACAGUGAUGGCUGAGAACAUGGCGGGGCACGACGAGGCCACCAUGUACAUCCAGGUCACAGAUAACUUCCAGGUCAUCCCUCUGAGCUUCAGCAGGAACCUGGACCGCUUCAACCCAAACAUCCCCGAGUGGAGAGCCGACAUCGGCCAGGUGGUCACCAAACUACUCACAAAGAUCACAGGUGUCCCUCAGGAGUCCCUGGUUACAGUGGUGAAUCCGGGCCUGCCCACAUCAGCCGACCUGUACGUCCUCCCGCAGGACAGCAAACCAGACAAGAGGAACAUGUUUGUAGAUAAGAGACGGAGACACAUGUCCGUUAUCAAGUCACAAGUAUACAAUAUCUGUAAAAGUAACUGGUAG